AUGGGUCCAUUUACUCCCAAAGCCGGCUACGGUCAGGGCCUUGGGCAUGAUAUGUUUGGCAGAUACGAGGUCUUCCGUCUGGACGAGCACCGGGUCUUGAAGAAAUCGCGUGGGGGUUUGCGAGAAAGUGACACUAUGAAAUUUAUCGCCGCCAACACCACUAUUCCUGUGCCCAAAGUCUAUGGCACAAAGUUGGAUGGGGAGGGCGAGCUUUCUUACAUUGUGAUGGAAUAUGUACCAGGCGAAUCACUGGAAGAUGCUUGGAUAAAGCUCUCUCCAGAUCAGAGGGUCUCCGCCUUGCACCAGAUUGCCCAAUAUCUCUCGGAGCUUCAACAGCUGACGGGAAAACGAAUCAAGGGGGUGAAUGACACCUCUGUCCGAGUUGGUGGGUAUCAUUCACGCUGGGGGGGCCCGUUUGAGACAGAAAAGGAGUUCAAUGAUUUUCUGGCUCACUACACCCAGGGUACCCAAGGCCCUCAUCUACUUCCGGUUGACAAUCAUAUAAUCCAUUUUGCUCACGGCGACCUAAGCCCCAGGAACAUUAUGGUCAAUAAGAGCGGACAAAUAACCGCCAUUAUCGAUUGGGAGUGGGCAGGCUGGAUGCCAGAGUAUUGGGACAUACUCCGGAUGCGUAUGGACCUCCCCGGGAAGAGCAAGAUGCCAGAUUAUGGAAACUUAUUCCGGUCCACAUUCCCACCCAAAUAUCAGAAAGAGUAUUGGGCGCUGGUGUACCUGUCACGUUUUGAGCCUUUAGUUCGUGGUGGCCUCCCUUUCCUCGCUGUUUGGUUUUCGAUACUCCGUGCCAACUCUGCGAUGGGAAAAAAGAAAGGCAAGAAAGAACGGCUUCACAAAGCUUCAAACUCUGCCAGUAUGAAUGAAAGUAAUAGCUACAGUGCUUUACCUGAGGUUUUACCAUAUCGGGAUCGCUGUUGCUAUCUUCUUGCUGGGAGAAACGCAGAGUCAUAUACAGUACCCUACUAUUUCCUGAAGGACCACCCUUGUUUGUUAUCCAAAAUCGGGCCAUCAUCACUGUCUGAUCCCCCGAGAACUGUGCAUGACCAUGUCGUCCGAUUUGUCGACUUAGAUGAGAACAUUGCUCACACUAUGGUACAUUUUCUCUACAUCGGCGAGUACAAGACACUUCGACUAUCCGUGCCAGAGUCCAAGAAUGUGGAAAUGGAAAACAAGUAUAGAAGGAGUGUUGCCGUGUUUAGUUUCGCAAGCAAAUAUGAGUUAUCUCCUCUGGUGGCGCUUGCAAUGGAAGUUAUGGAGAAGACUUGCAAGUCAGUGUCGUUGCUGGUAGCCCUGGACGUUGGAAGUAAGGAAUAUAAGGAACUGUGCCCAAAGCAUAGGUUAUGGUUCGAUGGUCACAUCAGGGCAAUGCUUCAGAGCAUGUUUGAGGAUGAUGGGAAUAUGUUUAUUCAUCGAGAUAUUCUGAAGCACGUGAAGGGCUCUUUCAGCAGGAUGCUAUUCAGGCUUACCCCGGACGAUUCAACCAAAGAAGCCAUCGCUGAGCGGCUACAUGCUAAAUAUGCCGGAGACCACAUUCCAGCUGACCCACACGGACCUCCUUUUCCACCUCCAGAUGAUAGACCCUGUCAAGAGGCGCGACUUACUCCAGACAAUCCUCCUGAUGAUGCUGAUAUCGAACCGCUGGAGGAUGCCAAUGAUCCAUUGGAGGAGCCUGCUGCGGAUGUUGCUGAAGAGGCCGUCCUACGCGAACUAGAGGAAUCUCCUCCUCUACCUUAA